CCAAAUAAAGCCAAAUACCAGCACCGUCAUCACGAUCUCGAAUCCUUCUCUCCAUCUCCUUCCUUCUUCCCACAAUUGAUCGGCAAGGGCAAACCCUAGCUAGAAUCAUCAUGGCCUCGUCCACGCUAAUCUGCGACACGCCGCAGUGGAAGGACCUCAAGGCUCAUGUUGAGGAUAUCAAGAAGACGCACCUUCGCGAUCUCAUGAGCGACUCCGAUCGCUGCAAGUCCUUUAUCACUGAGUUUGAUGGGAUCAUAUUGGAUUAUUCUCGGCAACGAGUGAUUCCGCCCACUUUGGACAAGCUUUUCCAGCUCGCUGAGGCUGCUCGUCUCAAGGAAAAGAUUGACAGUAUGUACAAUGGAGAGAAGAUAAACAGCACAGAGAAUAGGUCUGUGUUGCAUGUUGCUCUUCGAGCUGCAAGAGAUAAGGUCAUCCAAAGUGAUGGAAAGAAUGUGGUACCUGAUGUUUGGCAUGUCCUAGACCAAAUCAAAGAGUUCUCAGAGAGAAUUCGAAGUGGUUCUUGGGUUGGAGCAACAGGGAAGGCAUUGAAAGAUGUUGUUGCAGUGGGCAUUGGGGGAAGUUUUUUAGGACCAUUGUUCGUGCAUACUGCCCUUCAAACUGAUCCUGAGGCAGCAGAAUGUGCUAAAGGGCGUCAAUUGCGAUUCCUUGCAAAUGUUGAUCCAAUUGAUGUUGCUCGAAGCAUUGCUGGAUUGAAUCCUGAAACCACCCUAGUUGUGGUUGUUUCAAAGACCUUUACGACUGCUGAAACUAUGCUGAAUGCAAGAACGCUCAGAGAGUGGAUUUCAGGUGCUCUUGGGCACCAGGCUGUUGCAAAGCAUAUGGUAGCUGUCAGUACAAAUCUUACGCUUGUAGAGAAAUUUGGUAUUGACCCUGCUAAUGCUUUUGCAUUCUGGGACUGGGUAGGAGGCCGUUAUAGUGUUUGCAGUGCUGUUGGUGUGUUACCUUUGUCUCUCCAAUAUGGUUUUCCAAUUGUUCAGAAAUUUCUCAAUGGAGCUGAGAGCAUUGAUGAUCAUUUUCAUUCCACUCCAUUUGAGAAAAAUAUUCCUGUACUUUUAGGUUUAUUGAGUGUAUGGAAUGUGUCAUUUCUUGGGUAUCCUGCAAGAGCUAUAUUACCUUACUCUCAAGCACUGGAGAAAUUUGCGCCACAUAUCCAACAGGUUAGUAUGGAGAGUAAUGGGAAGGGUGUUUCUAUUGAUGGCAUCCCUCUUACCUUUGAGACUGGUGAAAUUGAUUUUGGGGAACCUGGAACGAAUGGUCAGCAUAGCUUCUAUCAGCUUAUUCACCAGGGAAGGAUUAUUCCUUGUGAUUUUAUUGGUGUCAUGAGGAGCCAGCAACCAAUUUACUUGAAAGGUGAGGUGGUGAGCAACCAUGAUGAGCUUAUGUCUAAUUUUUUUGCGCAACCAGAUGCUCUUGCCUAUGGAAAGGCUGCCGAACAACUGUUUAAUGAGAAAGUCCCUAACCAUCUUAUUCCUCACAAGACAUUUUUGGGCAAUCGACCAUCAUUGAGUCUUCUACUACCUACAUUGAAUGCUUACAACAUCGGACAGGUUUGUGCAAAUAUUUAUCAAAAAAACAUUUACAAGUAUUUCUAAAUUUUAUGCUUUUUC